UUUGUCUUUGGAAUUAAAUAACGAAGUUUGUUUCUUUUGUAAUUUGUAUUUUAUUAAUUUGUUGAGUAACAAUAAAGUCUUAUUAUUCAUUAGUAUUUGAAAGUAAAUUAUUAAAUAGUUUCUGUAUUAAAAUGUCUUCUCCGGUUGAGGAAAGUGUGAGGCGUAAUAGCGAGAGUGAGGCUGGUGAUCCUGACACACCAGAACAUGAUCCUCAUUAUGAGCCAAUUGUCUCCCUGCCGUUAGUAGACAUCCAGACAAACGAGGAAGAUGAAGAGGAACUCGUAAAAAUUCGCGCCAGACUCUACCGAUAUGAUACCGGCGACCAUGAAUGGAAGGAAAGGGGCACUGGAGAUAUAAAGUUAUUGCGUCAUAAAAUUAAUCACACAGUAAGAGUAGUCAUGAGAAGAGAUAAGACACUAAAAGUUUGUGCAAACCAUUUCAUAACUCCAGAUAUCAGAAUGAAUGUACAUUGUGGAUCUGAUAAAGCAUUCAAUUGGUCAGUGUUUGCUGAUUAUGCUGAUGAGACAUGUAAACAAGAGUUGCUUGCUAUUAAGUUUGGUAAUGCUCAGAAUGCUGAACUAUGGAAAGCAAAGUUUGCAGAAGCUCAAGAAAUUGUAAGAACUAAAUGUAGCCUCUACACACAGGAUCCAUCAUCAGAUGAUGAAAGCAGUAUCACCAGAAGUGAGGAUACUGACACCCCUGAACCAAAAAGUGUUGACAAAAGCCAAGAUGAAGACUCAAGGAAGGAUUCGGAAACGAAUGAUUCUGAUGGUGUUGUGCUGAAACUAAAAGAACUUAAAGUGGAUAGUGAAAAAUUUGAAUAAUUUUAAUUGGCUUAAAUUUAAUGUUGUAUGAUAUAAGGAUGUGGUCUGUUUGAGUCUAUAUUAUUGUUGCAAUAUUUUAAAAUAUUAAAUGAUUAUAUUGAUCUGUCUAAAUAUGUAUUAUUAGUACAGAAUUUUAUGUUCAGUAGACAAAUUGUAUCACAAUGAGCAGGGUAGGAGGUGCCACAAACAUAUUCAGCCACUACUAAAUAGAAUUUCUUAAUAAUUUUCUCGCAUUUUGAGAAUUAAAAUUUCUUAUUUUACAUAUGCAUGCACAAUUAAAAAUAAUAAUUUUUUAUGCUGCAUAUUCAAUGCACACAUUAAAUUCUCUUUUCAGUAACAAUUUUCAGUAUACAAAUUUAAACAUACACAUCAGCCUGUGGUUAUCCUUUAAUUUCAUAGAAUUUUGUUUAAAGACAAAGUGAAGCUUGGUAUUAUAUGUAUCAGAUGAACAUUCAAAUCAAAUGUAUAUUUGCAUAUGUAAUAAUUUUGUAUGAAUAUGAAUAUCUUAUUUACAAUUUGACUGUUUCAUGAUUAGCAAUUAUGAUGCUUAAAUUAGAAGUAAAAUGUGUUGCAGUGUGUUUACUUUAAGGUACACCUUAGACUGUUGUAUAUCACUGCCAAUUAUAAGAUUCUUUCAGACAACUAUCCUUUAGUGAUUUUAAAUUUCCAUAGAUUUAAUAACAUUUAUUUCUAUUCAGAAGUCAUAAGUUUUACUAUUCAUAGCAUUUAUGAAGAGUAAUUAUAAGGUUAGAUUUACUUUUUUUAUAAUUCUUUUCACUAGGAUAAUAAAUACUUAGUGUAUAGAUUUGCUGACUUUGUGAUAAUGGGAUUUGAUGAAAUCAACAAGUAAAAAUGUGAAGUAUUGGAUAUUUAGUAGUUUUUAUAUGACAUAUCAAGAUUAAAUAGAAUAGUUUGUAACCACUCCAGAAAUCUUAAUUUGCUUUGAUUAUCCGGUAUACAUUUGUUUUCUUUUUCACCGAUGAUGAAAGUUUUAUAUAUAGAUGUAAGUUUUAAUAUAGGCAAUUUGUUAUCUUACAUUACACAUGAAAUAAAUUCUUAUGAUUUCAUUACACAGAAACAGGCAAUAAAA